AAAACGGCAAUAAUUAAUAUUUGAAUUAGUAUUGGUUGCAUUAUGUUGCUUAUUGACACUUGCAGGCAGUACACAAUUCCCUAAUGAACAAAGUGAAACUUUUUUCAAUUACUAGGCUAAGUCACUUAUAGGGGAAGAAAAAUAUGCAGCAAAAUUCGCAAAGAUCUCUAAAUAUGAAUAUAUAUUUAGUUGUACUUCUAAUUAAUGCUAAAUAGAGUGUUAUUGACGCGCAUCAUUGAUUUAACCUGUUUCUUUAACAUUUCUCGAAACAUUCUGUUGUUGGCCACGCCCUUAGUGUUUAGACAGCCUAUCAAAGAAAGGCGCACGUGACGAGCGUUCUUUGCGAUGACCUCAUCCCUGGAGUGGGAUGACGUCAAAUUCAAGAUGGAUGGAAUCACGACCAACUCGUUUUCUACAGAAUUCUAUCCAUAGUCUUGGCUUUAAUGCUCAGUGGGAACAGAAGUAGUCCAAGAGGGAGACAAUGGAGACCCUAGUGCAUUACAACAACCCCUUCCACGGGCCUUCUGUGUUGGGGGUGCUCAACGAGCAGCGCCUGAGCGGCCAGAUGUGUGACACGGUGCUGGUGGUGGGGGACCAGAGGUACCAGGCCCACCGGAGUGUCCUGGCAGCCAGCAGUGAGUAUUUCCAGUCUCUGUUCACACGGACGGAAGCGGAUGCGCCGAAGGUGGUCCACCUGGAUUUCUGUGAAGCGGAUGCCUUUGAGAUAGUGCUGAACUACAUGUAUUCCUCCUCGCUCUUUGUGGACAAGGGAAGCCUGGCAGCCAUACAGGAGCUGGGCUACAGCUUAGGAAUCCCCUUCCUGACCAACAUCGUGUCCACAAGGCCUCACGUGUCCUAUUGUGUCUCCAGAAAGAGGCUUUCCUUCUCAGAGGAGGAUGAGACCGACAGUCAGACAAGGAGCGUCAUUGUGUGUCGGACUCGCAGUGACCGGAAAGCCACACAGAGGCCGCCAUUGCCCAGAUCCUCUCAGCAAGAAGCGCCUCAGCCUCCCACGCAUCAUAAUCCUCAACCUGUCAAUUCAAAGGCAAUAGGAACAAGUGACGAUGCCGAGCGCAAGCCCGUCUUUCCAUACAGUUCCAUACUGAAAGGCAACCCAUCGCUGUCCACCAUGAUCAGGCCGCAGCUCACAUCCUCUGUGUCUUUCAGCGACGUGGAAGUCCAGCAUAUUAGGUCCCAGCCCGGCUGCGAGAUGGGCAUUAAAGACGAGGAUCCCGUUUACCACGGCCGAAGUGCUUAUCAGGGACAGCCGGGUGAACACAGCCAGACCAUCGACCGAAGCGGGCCACUCAUCAAAAGCCUCCUGCGUCGAUCGUUGUCCAUGGACAGCCCCGUUCCAGUGUUCUCACCGACGCUUGAGCUGCAUGGCCGCGAACAGUCCGUCGUCAAAUUGGUGUCGAAGGCGACGGGGACGGAUACGUCCGUCCUCAACGGCAGUUCCAAAACAUCUUCGUCCCCGCUCGUUCUCAGGACAAAGUACCCCAGCGUAUAUGACGAACACGCCACUCAGGUAGACGAAGGGGUCUGCGUGAAGGCCGAGCCCGGCAGCCCUCUGGGGGACCCCCUGGAGAUUAUUCGGAUCACCAUCGGAGACACGUUGCCGGUAAACCUAAAACAUUUCCAACCAAAUAUCGAACAGGGGCCGAGGACGGGCUUUGAUAACUUUGCUAAGAGAAAGGGGAGGGCAGACAACAGGAGAUAUCCCUUCAAAAAGACCAGAGGGUUGAAUGAACAUUAUCCCUCUGAAAACAUCGCCGUGGCCGAUGACAUCAUGGCAGAGGGGAUGGCACCUUCGAAUCCCAGCCUAGACCGUAAUGACAAUGAUGUAGUCAAUGAUAAUGUUAGUGAGCCACGUCAGGGUAAGCUCUUCAAAUGCUGGAACUGUUUGAAAGUGUUCAGAUCCAAAGCCGGGCUGCAUCGCCACGUCAACAUGUAUCACAACCCCGAGAAGCCGUAUGCAUGCGAAAUCUGCCAUAAGCGCUUCCACACAAACUUUAAGGUGUGGACGCACUGCCAAACCCAGCACGGAGUGGUGCAGAACCCAGCCUCGUCCUCCAGCUCCUCCAUGCUCGACGAGAAGUUCCAGAAGAGACUGAUUGACAUGGUGCGAGAGAGGGAAAUAAAGAAAGCGCUGCUUUGGAAGCUCAAGAGGAAUAAACAAAGCCUACAGUCUCCUAAACUGACCAAAAACCGGCCGAGGACCAAAUUCACCUGUCCCUAUUGUGGGAAAGUGUUUCUGUUCCAGUCGCAGUACAAACAGCAUCUGAGGACCCACCCCGACGAAAAUGAUGAGGGGAACGCAUCGAGCAACCGGGACCUUUAUCAGGAACAGGACGCCCCCGUCCCAGAGAAGGCGGACCACCUGCCCGCCAACGUGUACGCCUGUAGACUCUGCAACGUCAAGCUGUCGUCCCUGUCGGAGCAGGGCGACCACGAGCGAGGCUGCCGCCACGCCACCGUGUGCCCGUACUGCGGCCUGCGCUUCUCCAGCACGGCUGUCAAGAAGGAGCACGAGGCUCACUGCAAGUACAAGAAGCUGACCUGUCUGGAGUGCAUGCGCACCUUCAAGUCGUCCUUCAGCAUAUGGCGCCACCAGGUGGAGGUCCACAAUCAGAACAUGAUGACGGUGAAGGAUCAGCUGAACCUCAAGCCGCAGGACGCCGAGGGGGACGAGGACGAAGAGGGGCCCGACGUGCUGGGACACGGCCAGUACGGCCACGACCACAUGCCGACGGGCAGUUCGGGAGAGGACGUGGACUACGGCCGCCACUCGUCGGGCCCGCCCGUCUACGACUCGGAGGACUCUUCGUCCUACGUGCCCGAGGACCUGAGCAUGGGACCCCACGGCAAGCUGGUCGUCAAGGAGGAGCCCAUGGAGGAGGCGGUGUGCGAACGGGAAAUCAUGGACGCCGAUGACGACAACAACGGCGCCACAGAGGAAGCGGGCGUCUGGCCGUGCGAGAAAUGCGGCAACCUUUUCAGCUCUCACAAAGACCUGGAGCGCCACCAGGAGCUGCUGUGUCACAUCAAGCCCUUCAUCUGUCACCUCUGCAACAAAGCCUUCAGGACAAACUUUCGCCUUUGGAGCCACUUCCAGUCCCACAUGUCCACCGGAGAUGACGCCGGGGCCAAAGAGGUCGACAGACGCCCGUCAUCGCCCUCCCCGUCCCCGCCCUUGACGCCUCAAACAACCUCUGAGCAUCCUGGCCCAGCGGCCGUUGCGGCCAAGCCAGCCCAGACCGUGCCUGUAGCCGCAGCGAUCGCGGAAGCGCCCAGCAGCCCGGAGCCGGGCAGCUCGUCAGAAUGCAAGGGCAAGAAUCCGGAAAUGGAAAGACAACAAGGCAGUCCCAGCCCUCUGUCGAGAUCCAACAGCGUGGAGCAGUCGUCUGGCACUCAGGAUCCUGACACUCUGUUCUACCAUGCGCCCACUCUCUCCGCCCUGACAUUUAAAAGGCAGUAUAUGUGUAAACUCUGUCACAGGACAUUCAAGACAGCGUUCAGUCUCUGGAGCCACGAGCAGAGUCACGGCCAUCUGUAGGCCUCUCACAGAGAGUGCACUUUUACCCGGCCCCCCCUACCCCCCUGACAGACGCUACCUAAUAUUGAUGUAACACACCUCUGCUUACACGCGUCAGCUUAAGAAAGGAAGACUUUGAAUGUAUAGCCUACUCGCUUGCCUCCAUGUCAUGUAUUCAAGUGGUCAUUAGAGGUGUAAUGGGUAAUGUGUGCAAUGAAACGCUAUUUUAGAUCUCACUAAAUGAGAUGGUUGGAUGGUUUGCAUAUUGUUACUUUAAACUAGUUUGCUCAUUUAGCAUUUUCUUCACUGGUUAACUUCUGGUGCUUUGUUUUUCUGAAAUGUUUUUUUUGUUGGCAUAAGUAAAACAUACGAUUAGGCAAGUGCUUUUGUAUAGAUCUAUUGGGUCUGUAGAUGUAUUUCUCAUGGUGGCCUCAGCAAACAUGUAAUAAGUAUGCACUUUGUUACUAAUCACUGUCCGUCUGUCACACAUAAGGAGUGUGAACCCAAGGACAUGUACACAUUUCCAAGAUGCAUUAUAUUGUUUUUAGAUCGGUGGGGAGCUGCAGAAUUGGAUGGUAUGAAUGAUGGGUAAUUUCAUCUUUCACUUAUUCUAAAUGCAUCAUAUCGUCUAUUCGCUGAUAAAUACCAAUUGAUGGCACAUGCAUAGAUAAGGUUUACGAGCCAUGGAAUUAACCAAGGUUCAUGCAGAAAGAAAUAUUUCCGAAAUAGUCAAAGGUUUGAGGAUCACAAUAUAUACUAGCCAUAGUUCAUUUUAGAGAAUUAAAUUAUAAUUCCCCACAUAUUCUUCACUACUGUCAUGGCCCAUUAUUAAUGAAACUUCAGAUAUUAUUUAUUUAUUUUGACUUCUGAGCAAUUACGAAGAUUCUUGACACACCUUAGCAAAACUAAGAGUCCUAGUUCCUGUUAAAUUAUAUUCUUACAAUGUUUUUGAGGCCUUAAACAUUUUCUCGAUUUCGAUCAUGUAGAAGCACAAGUUAGGUUUCAGAUCAAAAUAUUGACUCAGGCAAUUCAAAUUUACGGAAGACAAAAGUGGAAGGUAAAGGAAACAAUCUUUCUCAAUCUCUGUUUGACUCAUAAUUGAAAAGUAUUAUUUGAUUGUAUUCUGAUUCCCCGGAUAUUACUUUUCUCUGCCACCUCCAUAAAACCCUAAUCUUACCAACACAAGAGAGAGAGAGGUCAGUAGAACUGACAGCACACAUGGCUUGAGGUAUUUAUGUUACACAUCUAACAAUCAAAUACAUUUAAUUGAAAACAAAAAAAACACUCCUGUCAUGAUGAAGGGUUGUGUUUUGACCUGCCAAAGCCUAAACAUAUCCUGAACGGGUUGUGGCUUAACGACUUUAUAUUUAUUCAGAAAAGGUGGAUCUGCCCAAAAAUGGAAUUUGGAUUCCAAGUCAAACCGAAAACAAUGUUGUACAAUGUACUACAAUGGGUACUCCAAAGACAUGGUCUAACAAAAUAGAAAUCACCCUUGUCUAUAUUCUUCUUCAGAUAUUCUGUAUUGAUUAUAGUGCUCUUAAUUUUAUCAAGAAACUUUAUAUAAAUAUAUCUAUAUAUGAAAGAUUUCAAAGAAUAUCUAGAUUAUAAUAUUGUGUAUAUGGCAGUGUUUGUAUUUUUCGAUUUUGUACCUAUUUUGUUAGUAUAUAAAACAUUAUCUUUCUAGUAUUAUUGUGCUAUUACUGCAAUAAUUAAUAUUUGUAUUAGUAUUGGUUGCAUUAUUGUUGCUUAUUGACUCGCAGCAGUUUUGUGUUUAGGAUUUUCUACAGUUUUGUGCUUCAUUUCUGUAAUAAAGAAUAAUAAUCCAGUAUGUUUUACUUGUAAUCUAGGCAAUUUUGAGAUAUUAGAUACUCUACUCUACACAUUUGGUUGUGUAUUUCUAUUAUAACAAAAGUCUAUAAAUACUUUGCAUGUCCAUGAUAUCUGCCCUUGAAAUAAUGUUUUUAUGAGAUUUCCAUAAUAAUAGGGGAUUCCUGAUAAGUUUUUAUUUUGGUCAGAUGUUUUUCAAGGUUUUCAACCUAAGGGCACUUAUUCAAAUGGAAAAUAUAGUGGUACAUUUAGGAAGGACCGGUUUCAUCUGGGAAAUGAUAGACUGGAAAUCCUGUGUACUUCAUCUGUGAGGUCACAGCCUCACUGAAAAUAUGCUGAGGAAGUUUUCCCUUAGAUGAGGAUAUCCUCUUGCGUGCUAAAAGUUAGGUUGUUCUUAUCAUGCAAAAUUUCACAUGAACUCAUGAUUUGAGGUCACAAAGCCUUAUAUUACAGAUCGAUGUUCCCUUGGUUUGAAAUACAUUAUCCAUAUAAAUUAAAAUACAAAUCAAAAUCACUAGUCAAAUAUGGAUCGCAGUAAUCAGUGUUUAUUUUCAGGAAUUUACACAAUCUUUAUGCAAUAUAUUAUGACAACAUUUCCUAAUUGGUUCUACUUCAAAAAGGUGCAUGGCUUAAACAAAGGUUAUUGUAGAUAAAUCAGGGAGAUGAAUGUAAUCUUGCAACAAAAAACGUAAGCUACAGGUAGACGGAAAACUCAAUGUUGAACAUGGAACUGCUGCUCUUCUAACACAGAGACACAUUUGUCAGAGAUCAAAAGAUGCAGCUUCAAAGGUCGCCAAUUAGGCCCAUAUAAGUCUUUGACUGGGGUUUUCUUUCACAGCGCCAGUGUGUCUUUGAUAAGCCGCCUCAUGGUUGUGCUUACAGACGUGCCCAGCGUGUCAGUGAUCUGAAAGGUGAUUUUGUAAAGGUAGGGCUGGACGUCCUUGAGGCUGGUGUCAAACACGUUGUCCACUUCGGAUUGGGUUGGCAUUUUUGGCAGGUAUUCGUGGCGGUUGAUGACCUCAACGACGUUGAUCACCUUCUCACCAAGCUUCUCACCCACUUUCUCCCGACAGAUCUGCCUCUCUUGCUCAUUGGCCAGGUGGACAACGUUCACCUUAAUGCUCCACACCUCCCAGGGAAUGCACUCGUCAGAAAAUGGCCAGCGGGACUUUUUCUUCUGGUAGAACUCCAGUGAUAUGCGUCCCAUGCCAUCGCUGCCCGUGUUUCCCAAGGCAUCCUGAAAUGUUGAAAAUAAAAUCAAGCCAAGUUAGUUGAAAGGUCGAAUUGGUAGGCUAGCCAAAUCCAUUUUCACAUAGGCCUGCUUACCUUAAAUUCGGUCACAGCCUUACUGAUCACCCUGUCAAGUUCAUCCGAUGACACUCUGACAAAGGUGAAAUCAAUGAAAUCGCAGUCAAUGUCUUGGGUACCAACGGUGCCGAUGGAGUAAGUUCCUUCCUUUUUGUAGUGAAAUUUUCCAGUGCUGCGGUGCAAAAGGAUAGUGUGAAGCAGAGCAAGCAUUGCUUCUUCCACCUGUCUUGACUCCACCGUCAACUCAAGCACUUCCGAACGGCAAUUCAUUGUCAGCAACUUUAUAUUGCCAUUGACUGAUUAUUUAAGGUUGGCAGUAUUCUGCGUUGUCUCUAAAUACUGAACGGACAAAACACGGUUUGUUUACCUCUGUGAAUAGGCGUGGCCUAUGGGUACCGCGUUGUUGUUUUGUAACGUUUACCUCGUUGACAAGCUACAUCAACCCACUCUAUCAUACGUUACAGCAUGUAUUCGAUGGUUGAAAAUCAACGCUUAACGAAGCAUAGAACAAAAUAAUAACACCAGCGAGGCGAGUGUCUCCAUUACUCCGCGCAUAAAACGAUGACGACACUCUACGGGAAACGGAGUAGAUCAAAAUUAACAUUUGGGUGCAGUCCAGUCGCGAUCGACAUUCGAUACGUUUAACUGGAAAACACACCAAAUUAAGUACAACAAUUAUUUUUACACAGUAAAAAAAAAUGCUCGGUGGACACAACUUUCGGUAUA